CUCGUACUGCUGCCGCUCCUUGACAACACGAGCGCAAUUAAUAAAUUGCAUUUCACACCUCUGAUCCGCUUUCGCCUGUGAAGCGUGACUCCCUCUCUACAAUCUUUGUGCUGCGAUUGCCUCUCACGCUUCGUUGCCAGACGUAAUCUUGACGCCGUGUGUCACCCCCUCGUCCAGCACCUUUAACCUCAAACUCAUCUGGAGCUCGAGCUCAACGACGAGCGAUAGUUGAAUGGCACGAGGCUAGGAGACCCCCAUUUACACCCGAAGGCGACGGCCAAAGGAUAUAUACAUUCCUCCAAACGUCCAUCCAGACCCACAGCAGGAUACUGUCGCGGUUUGGGUAUAUACAGCCAUGGACGGGAGCCGGCCCCGUGGCCCCCCGCAAGGCCCUGGAGGAGGUGCACGACCGGGCGACCCUCGCCGUCCUGUUGGUGGCCCUGUAGGAGCUCCUGCGAAUGCAAGUCCAGCAGCAUCCAGCUCAGGAAUGUCACGGGCCGAGCGAUUUGACGAUGAGCGGCGCAGGAUUAUGGAAAGCUGUUUUGGAAAGAAAGAUGAUCAAGGACAGUUGGUCGAAUCCUACAUUACCCACAUACGUGUUCAGGAAGAUGCUGCCUACCCACAAACGCCACCUCCACCGAACACCAAUGCUUCAAACAAGAAAGCUCGUGUUAUCAUAAUUUCGGUUCGAGCGACCGGAAGAGUUCGGCUCCACAAGGCCAGGGAGAACGCAAACGGAACCUUUUCUAUCGGGAAAACGUGGAACAUGGAGGAGCUUUCCGGUGUCGAGAAUUAUGUGCAUGGCAAUCCUGCCAAUGAAGAAGAGGCCCAGCGAAAGAGAUGGGCAGGGGAUACUGGGUUCACAGUCACUGUCCAAAAGCCGUAUUAUUGGGAGGCAAACACGUCGAAAGAGAAGGAGUUCUUCAUUGGGAGCAUGGUCAAGAUUUACCACAAAUACACGCAGGGAGACUUCCCUAUUCUCUCAGGUUUCAGCCCGGCUGAACUGAAUGGACUGACGGCUGGUCGACCACAUCUUGCAACCGCUGAGGGUCGUGCAGCUCGGAAGAACGGCGAAGCCCCACCUCCUCUGGCAGCACAAUCUCCAAAUUCUUCAAUUCCACCUAGAUCGCCCCUUCCGCCCGGAACGCAGCAGCCUACGCCUCCCCCAGGAGAUAGACGACCACCUCCAUUACGGGACGAUCGACGCCCUCCUCCUGAUGAUAGGAGACCGCCAGGGCGAAGUCGCCCAACGACCGCAGAGGAAGAUAGGAGACCUCCUCCACGACGGCCGCCAACGGCAGAGGGUGACAGUCGAGAACGACGUCCUCCUCCUUUAAGAGGCCAAACUCCACAAGGGCGACCGGGGACAGGAGAGGAGAGUAGAAGACCACCACCUCUUCGGGAUGGGCCUCCGCCCGCUGGUACUCCGACUUUAUCGGCAUUCUCCCAAGGGCCUGAUGGUCAAAGGCGACCUAGACCCCGUCCAUCCAUGGAACAAUCCUUGCGAUCAUCUCCUAGUCGAGAACAACUAGAUAUGCGCUCCCCUCCAAGUAGAGAACAGAUGAGACCUCCUAUGCCUGGACCUAUUCCGACACCUCCGUCGGCGCGACUGACACCUCAAUCAUCGCGAUCUGAAGUUGCUACAAGACCAAAGACACCAGACUCUAUGAACGACAUGGCUUUCCCACCCAGUCUGAGCCCAAUGCGGCGCACGCAUGCAGACGAUGCCCAUUCGCAACGAUCUCAAAGAUCAAUAGAUGAGAAUGCAACGGAUGCGGCUGGAUUAGGAGUUGCAGCGGCAGAACAACGGAGGCCAAAUGGAUUCCCACUUAGCAGAAGGGAUCCUUCCCCGCUAGGCGCGCGGCCUGGUACUGCACAGAGCAACAACAGCGCGGCCUUCAUUCGUAGUGACGAGCCACCACCUGAGGCACCUGGUCCACGCAAUGGCCCGCCAGAGAGGAGGCGACCGCCGAUGGCACUCAACCCGCAGCUAUCGCAACAAUCUCAACAAUCUCAGCGUAGCAUUGGGAGCGAACAAAACAGCGAAUAUCACACACCGAUGCAGUCUCCACCGACUCCCCUUAGUCUCCAAGCUGGCCGUCCACCCCCGAAAGCGGCCGACAGACCCAAACCGUUCCCUUAUGAUGACCUCCCACAGUCGGGACCUGCGCGCACUGAGAGGGCACCAGAACAAACGACGACGGCACCAGCUCGAACGUCUGAACCACCAACAUCACCACUGCCUCAGAUCCCGAAAGCAGCUGAAGUGGACACAUCCGUCCCCAAAGAGCAAGAGACAGCACCUCUGACAGAUCCAGCUGUUCAAUCGAUGUCACCAACGGCAGAACCAGCUGAUGAUGGCGAACACCGGCCUGGACUAGGCCCGAUGAUCAAGAAGAAAACGAAGGCCGAUGCAGCAAACGCAUUUCGCAAAGCUGCAUUCGCAGCAGGCGCAUUUAAACCCCGCGCAGGUGGAGCUGCGGCUAAACUUUUCGCAAAAGAGACGAAAUCGUCCGAUGAACCAGAUGGCAUCAGUGGUGUCUUUGUGCCUCAACGACCGGCUGCUAAAGAAGAACCCGAAAAGAAGGCAGAACCAGAGCCCGAAGAGGAACAACCACCACGAGAGGCGGCAGAACCUACUUUGGACACUAAAGACACAUCAGAUAGGAUGUUGAAGGACAAAUCAAACACUGAUAUUGAUACUGUGCCGGCAGUGACAAUAUCCAGCCCCUUAUCGCCAUCCCCUUCGGCACCGGCUGCACCAGAAGAGCCGGUUUCACGCCAGGCCUCCAGCCCUGAGAAGCCACCACUGAAAGCAGAGGCCGAAGUGGAAGUUCGACGGAAGAGGCGUAGGUCUAAUCAACAGAUCAUGAACAUCUCCAAACUUGGCAUUGACCCAAGCUUGAUUGAUGAGCGUGGGCUAGAAUUCGAGCUUUUGUUGACAGAGAUUGGCUGGGGAAGUGGUGAACUAUCAUCCCGAAACAUCGAAAACUUGGAAUCCGAUAUUAAACGAGAGAUUGCACGUGUUGAGGCGGGAAGCUGGCUCAACCAUCUAGAGCAAAAAGAUGAUCGCGUGGAAGCAGUUGAGAAGAUGCUUGAUCGAGCAAUCGCAGAGUGUGAUGAGCUCGAGGGUCUGCUGACCCUGUACAAUGUUGAACUAAGCAGUCUCAAUGACGACAUCGCAUUUAUCGAAGCACAGAGUCAGGGUCUGCAGGUGCAGACCGCCAACCAAAGACUUUUGGAGAGCGAGCUGCAGCAGCUAGUUGACACAAUUUCGAUUACGGCCAAUCAAUUGGAACCAUUGCGCCGCGAGCGUAUUGGAAAGAAGGAUGGAUUGGUGGCCAUUGAGUCGGCUUUGGUCCUGUUAUACAAGGCUUUGACUACCAUUGACCCCGCUCUCAUUGAGAGUGGACGGGCGAACUCUUCAAAUGAUUUGGCGAAAUCAAGCAGUGGUGUGGGCAACAGUGAAUUGGCAUCGAUGCAGGCACUACAAGAGAAGAAGGAUCGAUACUUGAGGGAGAGUUCGAUGUUCUUGGAUCGCCUCAAACAGCAUAUGACCAUUACAUUUGGCGCUGCCUUUAUCGAAACGAAGGACGCCUUAGGAAAGAUUGACAAGACUUCUAUGCCUUCUACCAAAGCGAACAUCGAGGCCCAUGAUACUGGACGCCAGGAACUGUGGAUGCUGAGCCCUCUGAUCUUGUUCACAAAAGAGAUUGACCGUGCCAGCUGGGACGAAAUGUUACGCAUGUACCAAACACAGGCCGGCCAAAUGUACCAGGACGAGAUACGCGACAAUGUACUAGCCUGGAAGCGUUUUGCUCGCAAACCCACAGGAGACGAGCAAGAUUUACUUUUCACUGCCCCAGAGAAGGAGAAUGAGAGCAUUACUGGUGCAGCCAGGAAGCUAACAGUAAAGAGAAGUCAGACUCUAGCUCGUGGCCUGCGGACUACCUCUAAUGAGAAGGAGAACAAGGUUGAUCGGACGCAGACGGGGAAGCUCUAUGCGUACGACGUGUUCUCAAAAGUCCUGGACGACAUGGGCCCGAUACUUCUUACCGAGCAGAAUUUUGUGACCGAAUUUUUCCAUGCAACAUCCACAGAUGCUGUCGAUUUCCCUGAAGCCGUGGGUGCUGCACCACCAGAGCGUCGCCACGCUCCCAAUCUCUGGAUUCGCAAACAAUUCGAAUCUGAUCGAGCCAUGGCCAAGCGUGUCGCCGAAGUCAUGGAAGAUAUAUUCUCUUUCUGGCCGACUGAGAUCCAAAAUUUGGUUGAGUGGGCCGUUAAGGCAGAUCCUUUACAAGGUGUUGGCAUAUUGUGUGCCGUUGACCGUAAACUCCUAGAAAUUGAAGACUCGAACCAGGACUUCCUCACCAGGACUCUCCAGAAGGUUCACGAGCGCCUGACCGGACUUUUCACGCGCUUCGUAGACGAACAGAUUCGAGCCAUCGAAGACACAAAGGUGAAGAUCAAGAAGCGUAAAGGGGUCAUUCGAUUCAUCAACACCUUCCCUCACUUUGCGAUUGCUAUCGAAAACAUGCUACCACCUGCGGACGAGCACAAUCAACUUGAGAUUAGAAGGAUGGUCGAUGAUUCCUAUCAGAAGAUAAACAAGGCCAUGUUCGAGAGCUUGAAGGUAAUCGCCAAGGAAUCUCCGACGGUGAUGGCCACACAGGGUCAAGGUGACCCAGAAGACAAGGAGGCCCUCAACUACCACAUUCUUUUGAUCGAGAACAUGUACCACUACAUCGAGGAAGUUGAUGCUCGGGCAGAGACUGUUCUCAGCGACUGGAAAACCAAGGCAGAAGAGGAGAUGGUAGAGCACAUGGAUCUCUACGUCGACGCAGUGAUCCGACGACCAUUGGGCAAACUACUGGAAUUUAUCGAAUCCACCGAAACUCUACUGGCACAAUCAGGAGCAUCUGCACAAUCGAUUGCGCAGCGCUCGUCUCACUCCCGUUCCGUGUACAAGAAGCUGGUCAAUUCAUACGACUCGAAGGAGAUCCGCAAGGGUAUCGAGGCCCUCAAGAAGCGAGUUGACAAGCACUUUGGCGACGCAGACGAUCCGAACAUCUCCCGCAGUCUAGUGUUGAAGGUAUUCAAGGAGUGCGAGGAGAAAUACAACGACGUCCAGGAGAGGGCAACCAGGAUCAACCAAGAUGUAUAUACUGGGGAAGUCGAGUUGGAUUGGGGCAAGAACGAGAUCAGGGCAGCAUUUGGUCGAAGGUAGAAACCGACUUCUUCAUGACCUGAUGCCUUCUAUCAAACAGCAUUUACGGAUCGGUCGGAGGAAAGGGGAAAAUGAGGUUUAUGAAUUCUUGAAUUGUGUUUAUAUACCAUAUAGCGUUUUGGAAGAUCGGAGCUGCUCGCCAUGCCAUGCGAUUUGCCUACCUGCCUGCAUACGUGGUAGAGCCCGACGCGUUUUUGAGAUAAUUGCAUCCAGAAUUGAAACCAUAACGACUGGU